CUUUGCUUCUCUAAUCUCAACAAAAUUUUACAAGCUUUGUAUCGAAAUCCAAACACGUUACGAUCCCCGACUCUCGUUUCCACGUUCUUCCUUUUCGCCGAAGGAAGAAUGGUGAUGACGGAGACGGCUGUGUGAAAAAAACAAUAUCAAUAUCGUUUAUUAUUAGGGUUUGUAAUUCCCAUCGUCUAGGGAAUUAUAGACAGCUUAAAUGGGGAAUUGCAUUGAAUCUUGCUCAAAGAGCAAUGGCAAUGACGACGAAAAUGUUGACUCCUCAGUGAACUCAAAACCCUUUUCACGAGGUGAUAAUGAAACUGGAAGAAGCUCGAACAUGUCAUAUCCAUGGAGUUUAAAACCUUUGAUUACAAGAAAAAGUGAAGCUAGAAGGGCUUUACCUGAACCGAUUCAAGAAGGAGAGAUGAUGCAUUCCCAACAUUUGAAGUCUUUUAUGUUAGAUGAGCUAAAGAAAGCUACAGGAAACUUCUGUCCAGAGAGUCUCAUUGGAGAAGGAGGAUUCGGGUUUGUUUACAAGGGAUGUGUUAACGGUGAACCGGGAAUCGAACUCGCGGUUGCUGUCAAGAAGCUUAAAACUGAAGGGUUUCAGGGACACAAGGAGUGGCUGAGGGAAGUGAACUAUCUUGGGAGAUUGCAUCAUCCAAAUCUGGUGAAACUGAUUGGGUGCUCCUUGGAAGACGAAAACCGUCUUUUGGUCUAUGAGUACAUGCCUAAUGGCAGCUUGGAAAAUCAUUUGUUUGAAAGUCAUCUAACAACGAAAUGUGACGUCUACAGCUUCGGUGUAGUCUUGCUAGAGAUUCUGUCUGGACGACGAGCCAUAGAUAAAACCAGAGCUAGAGAAGAAGAGAACUUGGUGGAAUGGGCAAAGCCUUACUUGCGGGACAAGCGAAAAGUCUUUAGGAUAAUGGACACUAAGCUUGUGGGUCAAUACCCUCAGAAAGCAGCGUUUAUGAUGUCUAUCUUGGCCUUACAAUGUAUCGGAGAGGUUAAGGUUAGACCAUCGAUGCCUGAGGUUUUGUCUCUUCUUGAGAAAGUUCCGAUUCCAAGACAUAGAAAGAGUAGACGCAAAGGUUUUGCUGCUAACUCUUCUUCUAUCCCUUCAAAACGGUUUCUCAGACACAACUAAGGACUAAAAAAAAGUCUAUGGUAUCUUUACUACUAGGUUCUAUAAUGUCUUUUUUUCAAAAAUAAAUUGGGAACUAAUAUGAAUUUAAUAAAAAGAUAUGUAGACCAGUGCUUUGGGUUAGCUUUAUUAAUCCUAUAAAACAUCAUGAUCAGUCGAUUUUCACACUUCAAGUAAUAUCAGUUCUCUCGAUCGUCAUGUAAAAGUUAUCAUAUGCUAAACAAAGUAUUUUAUAUUGUCAUUUGUCAAUGUCAUAGAUUAUGGUUGUGAAUUUAUAUUAUUAACGCACAUAAUUC